UUGCACUUUAGUACAAGUUAUAUAAAGACACGGAGAACUACGCGUACAAAGAGUUGCUUCAUCUGCAGGAUGUCAUUGCUACGUAUUUUUCAAAUUUUACUUUUGGUCUUUCGACUUGUGUCAGCUCUCAUUGAUGUUUUGGAUUUGAAGUCAGAUGAUUAUUUGCAAACUCCACAUUUAGCAAGAAAAUAUGGAUAUCCAAUCGAAAUUCAUAAAGUUGUCACUGACGAUGGUUACAUAUUAGAGUUACAUCGAAUACCCCAUGGAAAAUAUCAUUAUGGAGAUGAGCAAAAAUUUAAUCGUAAAACUCCUGUACUUCUACAACAUGGUCUUGCCGGAAGUUCUGCCGAUUGGAUUCUUACUGGUCCAGACAAAGCUCUUGGCUACAUAUUAGCAGAUAAAGGUUACGAUGUAUGGCUCGGUAAUAACCGAGGAAAUAUUUAUUCUAGAAGUCAUCGACACAUUCAGACAUCAAAUCGUACUUUCUGGGAUUUUAGCUUUCAUGAACUCGGUCUCUAUGAUUUACCGGCAAUGAUUGAUUAUAUAUUGGAUUCUACAUUAUAUUCUAAGCUUCUAUAUGUUGGCCAUUCUCAGGGUAACGCUCAAUUUUGUGUAAUGGCCUCUUUAAAACCAGAAUACAACGCAAAAAUCAAACUGGCUACUGGCCUUGCACCCGCAGCGUUCACCGGCAAUCUGCGGGGUCCAAUUACUCAACUAACCAAGUUGACAUACUUUGGUGUAUGGGUCGGGGAAAAAUUUGGUUAUCCAGAAUAUGGACCACGCUCACCAUGGGUAAGAAUUAUUAACAAUUUACUUUGCCACAAUAGUUCGCUUACUCCAGUUCUCUGUGGCAAUUCUCUUUUUCUCGUUGCGGGAUUCAGUCCUGAAGAACUUGACAUGGCCAAUUUUUCAACUAUUAUUGCUCAUGUUCCUGCUGGAGCUUCUUGGAAACAAGUCGUUCAUUUUGGACAAGGAUAUAUUUUUCCAGGACAUUUUCGACAAUUUGAUUAUGGUGCGAACAGUGAAAAAAAUUUACGACUUUAUAAUUCGUUCACACCACCAGAAUACGAGUUAUAUAAAAUAACUGCACCGAUUGCACUAUUCAGUAGUGAUAACGAUUGGUUAGCAACAUCUAAGGAUGUAGAACUGUUAAGUUCAAAGCUACGAAAUGUUGUCUUAAACUACAAAGUACCUUGGGGUUCAUUCAAUCAUUAUCAUUUUUUGUGGAGUGAUUUGGCACGUGAAUUGGUUUAUGAGCCUCUACUUCAACUUUUUGCACAAUAUAUCAUGGCUGCUCGAAAACAAUAUUUUCUCGUGCUUGCACUUGUCGGAGUCUUAGGAGAGUCCAGAGCUUAUUUGCCAGAUCAAAAGCUUAAUCCUGAGACUUUUGGGUUAUUUGAUCAUAUUACUGGUAAUUCCCACGUACAUGAAGAUGCAGAUUUGACCGCUAGACAAUUAAUAGCAAAAUACGGAUACCAUGGAGAAACUCAUACCGUUACAACAUUGGAUGGUUACAUGUUAGAAAUGCAUAGGAUUACUGGACCACACUGGAAUCCAAGUCCCGCCAAUAAGCCAGUUGUUUUUUUAAUGCACGGAUUACUCAGCAGCUCUGUUGACUGGAUUAUUUCUGGACCUGGAAAAGCUCUCGCGUAUUUAUUAGCUGAUGAAGGCUAUGAUGUAUGGAUGGGCAAUGCUCGUGGUAAUUUUUACUCAAGAAAGCACAAAUAUUUAUCUACUCUUGAUAAACAAUAUUGGUUAUUCAGCUGGCAUGAAAUAGGAACUAGAGAUCUUCCAGCAAUGAUUGAUCAUGUUUUGAAAGAAACUAAUGCAACAAAGACCUUUUAUGUUGGCCAUAGUCAAGGAACGACUUCAUUUUAUGUUAUGGUAUCUACUUAUCCUCAAUAUAAUGAUAAAAUAAUUAGUAUGUCUUCUCUCGCUCCAGUUGCCUUUGUAAAACAUAUGACCAGUCCUUUCUUUCAAAUUUUAUCUAGAUUUGACAAGCCAAUCAACAUUAUGAUGGAUAUGCUUGGAAUGUAUGAAUUUCAUCCAACAGAAGCAUUUAUGAAACAGUUAAAACGACUUAUAUGUCAUUCUGAUGCAUGGACCCAACCACUUUGUGAAAACAUCAUUUUCCUGAUGGCAGGUUUCGGAUCAGACCAAAUGAAUAAAACUUUAUUACCGUCUAUACUUGGUCAUGUUCCUGCUGGAUCAGCAACUCGACAACUCAUUCAUUAUAGUCAAUUAAUUAAAUCAAAUAAAUUCAGACAAUAUGACUACGGUUUCAUUGAAAACAAAAGGAAAUAUGGUCGCUUUACACCGCCAGAUUAUGAUCUUAGUAAGAUAAAAAUACCUGUGAUACUUCAUUACUGUACUAAUGAUUGGUUAUCAGAUGUUAAAGAUGUCAAUAGAUUGGAGUCUUUAUUACCCAAUGUUUAUGCUAAAAUUAAAGUACCUCAUUCACCAUUUGGUCAUUUAGAUUAUUUAUGGGGAACGCAUGCAAAGCCACUUCUUUAUGAAAAAGUCAUUGGAAUUAUGCGUCGUUUUAAAGAUAAUUAGAAAAUUAGUAAUUAAAUUAAGCUGUAAAUAAUCAUAAUAGUAUUGUUAUUUUUAUAGAAUAAUUAAUUGUUUUUACAAUAAAUUUCAAAAAACAUGU